GCGGGAGAGUCUGCGGAAGAGACGCGUCGAGCUCUCAGCGAUCAACAGCUGGCGACGACAUCUGAUGCUGAUGCUGAUGCGGCAGCGGGAGAGUCUGCGGAAGAGACGCGUCGAUCUCUCAGCGAACAACAGCUGGCGACGACAUCUGAUGCUGAUGCUGAUGCGGCAGCGGGAGAGUCUGCGGAAGAGACGCGUCGAUCUCUCAGCGAACAACAGCUGGCGACGACAUCUGAUGCUGAUGCUGAUGCGGCAGCGGGAGAGUCUGCGGAAGAGACGCGUCGAUCUCUCAGCGAACAACAGCUGGCGACGACAUCUGAGGCUGAUGCUGAUGCGGCAGCGGGAGAGUCUGCGGAAGAGACGCGUCGCUCUCUCAGCGAACAACAGCUGGCGACGACAUCUGAGGCUGAUGCUGAUGCGGCAGCGGGAGAGUCUGCGGAAGAGACGCGUCGCUCGUCGUGGAUCGUUCUGCGGCGCGCGGCGCUGCGAGGCGGCGGCGACGACGCGCAGCCGAUCGGCUACGGCAGCGGGAAGGAGCUGGAGCACGCGUACGCGACCGAGCAUCGCAACGGCGCGCAGCUGCUGCUGUUCUGCACAGUGGCGGGCGCGCACGGCAGCCCCACGCUGCUAGUCCCCGCCGAGCUAGCCCUGCACCUCGUGCGAAUGCUCGCGGCGGCGUCGGAUCUCGUGGACGAGAGCACGAUCAGUCACUACUUCAACAGCCGGGCGCGGCUGUCGCGGCUGAACGCCGGGCGCGAGAGUGCGACGGCACAGCUCAUCCUCGCAGCGUUCGUCCUGUUGCAGAGGGAGGCGGCGUCCAACCCUCGCUGCCCCACGAUCAAGUCCCUCCUCGCGUCGCACGUGCUCGCGAAGCGCGACGGCGGCGAGAUGGCGGCGACAACGCUGCGCCGGCACCUGCUCAGCAGUCGGUUUUACGUGGACGUGUCCGGCGGCGCGCAGCCGAAGUUGGACUCCGCGGAGGUAGAGGCGCUCGUGUCGUUGCAUAUGCGGCAGGUCGUCGAGGAGACGUGCGCCGCGGACGGACGGGUGACUGUGAUAACGUCGCUGAAACCUGAAGCGGCGAAUUCGCUCGGCGGGGAAGAACGCAUCGGGUACCGGAACGGCGAUCAACUCGAAGUGAAGUUGGCCAUGCAGUCGUACUACAAGUGCCACUCCUAUUUCGAAUCGUUCUGCAGCUGCCUGACCGGCGAACGAUUACACGUGCCUGCGAAACUACUGGUGCAUUUGAUUGAUUAUCUAGUCGUGUUUUGGAAGCGCGUGAACCUGGACGACUUCGCCGCCGCGUUCACGUCGUUCAACGGCGAACUGAUGUUGAAAAAGAACGAGAGCUGCCUUCUCCGGCUGAACGAGUUACUCCUCUACGCGCUGGCAGCGCUAAAAGCGGACCAGCAGGCGUGCGUUGCUCACGGGUUGUUGCCGAUGCUGUCGUCGCUGGUCGGUGUGAGUAAGUCGGACGCAGAGGCUACGACGUCUACGCUAGCCGACUACCUGGCCGACUGGUGCCCGCGCGCUGCAGCCGCCGGCUGGUGCGACAACGACGAGAACUCGUGCGAUCUCAAUGCGCUGCUGGAAGCGCACGAUGCGUGGCGCCGCCUCCUGAAGGUGGCACCGGCGUCGCCCUCCACGUCGUUCGCCGACCUCGUGGAGAAACGCUGCCUGUCGGAUGCGGAUGCGGUUGUCAAGGGGUCGUCGUCAGGCACGCCGUACUCCGAUCAACUCGUGCAGGACCUCAAAGAGUCUGAUCUUCAGUUCACGUUUGGAGUGGACGAGCUCACGAAUGGAGAGGCACCUGAAUUAAUUUGCUCAUUUUGUCAGAAGAGCGGUCAUCUGAAUAAUGAUUGUCCGGAUGAAAUAAUCCCAGAAUUGCUCCCGCUACCUCCCAUGAAGACGGGAUACUUAAAAAUGCUGGAUUCUAUCUGCUAUGCAAUUCUAGACCAAUAUGCACCAGAUACUGCAGAGUUGCAAGAGAGAAGCAGAGUCCUGUUUGAAACGCAGACUUUUGUAAGGAAAGGCUUCCCAGAUGCUGAACUAUGUCUGUUUGGUUCCUCUGUCAAUGGAUUCGGAUUCAGAGGAAGUGACUUGGACAUAUGCAUGACUUUUCAGAAUUCCAGUGGCGAGGGUCUCAACCAAGCUGACAUAAUUGAAAAUCUGGCUAAGCACUUGAAAAGCUGCAAGGGGCUGUACAACGUCUGUGCGAUCUCUACGGCAAAGGUGCCUAUUGUCAAGUUCAAGCACAGAAGGAGUCAAUGGGAGGGAGACAUCAGUCUCUAUAACCUACUGGCCCAGAACAAUACCUCCCUGCUGAGCACCUAUGCUGAGAUCGACGAUCGAGUGAGAAUACUGGGCUACGUCAUGAAAGUGUUUGCCAAGCAUUUUGGUCUCAUCAAAGAUCCCUAUACUAGAGGAAACUUAGGAUGGGCUCUCAGUGCCCCAAAAUUGUGGGACUACAUCUAUGACAGGCUAAGAGGGGCCUACAAGUACUUUGGUGUACCACAAACUGUGGAAGGACCCCUUUUCACCUGCAUCAAAAACUCAGAGUCAAUCCUCUUAUUAGACCUGAGAGCAGAGCUACAAGCGCAGCAAGUUGAGGUAACUAAAGGCAAGAAGCUGGCCGAAACAGACUCCAUCAAAUCCCCAAAGACCGAAAGUCGAACCAAAUCGGAAGAGGGGGCAGCAGUCAGAGAUGGAAGGAAGUUAGCGGAUGCGGCUCCAGCAGCGAGGAACGAUGCCGCCCCUCGGACAGACGCAACGACAAGUCGCUCGCUUCCCGUCGCCGUGGCGACGCCGCAGCUGCUGGACGACCCUGCCAUCGUCGCCAGCGGCCGUCUUGCGCAGCUGCCGACCCCGCAGAGCGAGCGCGCCGCCGCGCCGGGGGAGGAGCCAGCACAGAGCAGCGACGUCUUUGAGAAGCUGUUUGUCAUGAUGCGGGAGUCCGCCACCGAGGCGUUCUCCGAGACGACGGCCGCAGGCGAGGUUUCACGGCGCCCGGAUGCAAGCGGGAUCGAUCCGGACCACAAGGUGUGGCCCCACCUGAACAAGAAUAAGCAGACAUGUGGAGAGCUGUGGCUAGGCAUGCUGCGCUUCUACACGGAACGAUUCAACUUCAACGAGCAGGUGGUCAGCAUUAGGCAGCUGCAGCCACUCAUGCACUUUGAGAAGAUGUGGAACUUCAAGACGCUAGCCAUCGAAGAUCCUUUCAAUUUAAGCCACAAUCUUGGCCAGGGGCUUCAGAGAAAAAGAUUAUCUGCUGGAUGCAAACCAGCUAACCGAUGCCGAGCCACCGAACGAUAGAGGCUGCAGGCUAUGUGGCAAGAUUGGCCACUUAGUAAAGGACUGCCCCAAUACAAUAAGGGCAAGAAGAAAGGAUGCCGUGGAGAGACAGCAACUUAUCAGAGAGAGAGAACAGAAAGAGAGACAAGAGGCUGGAUAUGGACGGGAAAGUACGAGAGAGAAGGACAUGUCUGAGCAUCUUCAGAGACCAUACUCUCAGCCUGUCGCCAUACCAGGUAGUUGGAACAAGCAGGUGCAGCAAGGCAACGUGCCUCACAUAUCACCUGCAUACCAUCCUCCAUCACCUAACUCACGCAGCCAGGCUUCUGUAGUGAACUCCCCCACAAGCCGUGGUCAUGGCAACGACAGCAGGCACUACGGCAACUCCCCAGCGACACGCAGUCAUGGUAACGAAAGCAGGCAGUAUGCCACCUCUCCGUCGAGCCACGCGCCUGGCACCGACAGCAGGCAGUAUGGCAGCUCUCCGGCGACACGCAGUCAUGGUAACGAAAGCAGGCAGUAUGCCACCUCUCCGUCGAGCCACGCACCUGGCACCGACAGCAAAGCAAGUGGCAUGCUCUCGACACGGCCAGUCAUGGUAACGAAAGCAGGCAGUAUGCCACUUCUCCGUCGAGCCACGCGCCUGGCACCGACAGCAGGCAGCCGGCGCGAUGCACGCCCCCACGCAGCACAGCGGCGCCAGCACGAGGACUACACAGAUGUACACGCAGGGCACCUCGAACCAGCAAGUGUACAAGCAGGGCAGCCCUAG